AUGGCGGGUGUUCUGUUCAAGACUGAAAGUCCCUUUGUAUCACAUACAGCCUGUUCUCACGCUACACGAGUGCUUUCAUUGAUGAACAGACAUCGCAGAGAAAAGGAGAAAUUAUGCGAUGUAAUUUUGAGGGUCUCCGGACGUGAUAUAGCCACACACAGAGCAGUUUUAGCGGCAUGUUCACCAUACUUCUUCGCGAUGUUUUCUGGCGAAUUGGUCGAGAGCCGCGCGAAAGUUGUCGUUAUGCAAGAUAUUCCAUCUGACAUAAUGGACAAUCUUGUGGAGUUUGCGUACACUGGUCGAAUUAACAUAACAGUUGAAAACGUCCAGGCGCUUUUAGCGACAAGCUCGCUCAUCCAAUUUCACGAGGUCGGCGAAUUGUGUUGUAAAUUUCUUGAAACGCAACUUGAUCCAUCCAAUUGUUUGGGUAUAAGGAAAUUUGUCGAAGCCCACGGCUGUACAAGCUUUCUUGAGUCUGUAGAUGGGUUUGUUUUACAAAAAUUUAAAGACGUAGUCAAGUCGGACGAGUAUUAUCUUUUACCGGGAGAAUUACUGAUAAAGGUCCUUUCCAGCGAUGAUUUAAAUGUGAAUUUUGAAGAAGAAGUUUAUGAAUCCGUUUUAAAGUGGGUCGGUUAUAAUGCGAGCGAGAGAUCAAAGUUACUUCCACAAAUAUUAGAGAAUGUUCGCCUCCCGCUUAUUUCUAAAGAAUACUUACUUUCGAAGAUUGACAACGAACCUUUAAUUCGUAUGAGUAUGUGCUGCAGGGAUCUACUCGACGAAGCAAAAAAUUUCCAUCUUGUACCGGAUCGCCGAGCUCUGAUGCGUAGCAAAAGAACAAAGCCACGAAAAUCUACGGUGGGUUGGUUAUUUGCUGUAGGUGGCAAAGAAGCAGGAGAAACUAUUGCAAAUAGUGUUGAAUGUUUUCAUAUGUAUUCAAAUAAAUGGCAACGUGCAUCUCCCCUUAAUUCUUGUCGUCAGCAACUUGGUGUUGGUGUGAUAAGUAAUUCACUGUAUGCAGUCGGGGGUUCUGAUGGAUACUCAAGGUUAAAUAGUGUCGAACGUUAUGAUAGAGAUUUGGAUAGGUGGGUUUACACAAAAUCAUUAAACACAUCUCGUUCGGGAGUUGGUGUGGGUACACUUGGGGAAGCAUUGUAUGCAUUAGGGGGUUAUGAUGGACGAACUUGUUUAAAGACUGUGGAAAGAUAUGAUCCUCAAGUGGAUUAUUGGAGUUCUGUUGGAUCAUUGAAUGUUACACGAAGUUUUCCAGGUGUAGCUGAAGUGGGUAACAGUUUGUUUGUUAUUGGUGGUAAUGAUGGUACAUCUUUUCUCAAUUCAUGUGAACGAUAUGAUCCACUUACAAAUAAAUGGUCGUAUGUUCCACCAAUGAGUAGGCCUAGAGCUGGCAUUGGUGCUGCUGUCGUUGAUGGUGGAUUUGAUGGCAUUGCAAGGCUGAGUUUGGUUGAGAUGUUUGAACCGCGUAUGAACAUGUGGCAGGAAGUGGCUCAUAUGAACUCAUGUCGUGACGGUGUUUCUAUGGUGAACUACGGAAGCCAACUUUAUGCUGUUGGUGGAAUUGAUGGACCGUCUUAUCUUAGUACUGUUGAGAUAUUUGAUCCAAAGACUAACUCAUGGGAGGAAGUAUUGCCAAUGGAAACAUGUCGAGCUGCGGCAGGAGUUGCAGUUUUACCUGAUGUAUAUAGUGUGUGA